AUGAUUACCGAGGCGUUGGUGGUGCAGGAGCCGGGAGCUCCCUUCAUUUACCAAGCAAUCACCGUGGAAGAUCAACUCCGAGAUGAUGAAGUGCUCGUCGAAAUCAAGGCAACUGGAGUCUGUCACACAGACUUAAAUUUUGCGAAGGAGAAGUCAAUUCCUGGAUUAUUUCCGGGAGUGUUCGGCCAUGAAGGAGCCGGAGUAGUCGUCAAAACAGGCAGGGAAGUCAGGAACACCUCUGCUGGUGACCAUGUGCUGCUCACCUACACCUGUUGUGGAGAAUGCAAGUACUGCAAGACCCACGAGAGCUCAUUCUGUUACGAUUUCGAGAAAGGCAAUUUUGGCGUUGGGAGAAGUGAUGGAUCGAAGGCAUAUAGUAUGGAAGGCGACGGCGCGAUUACGUCGCACUUCUUUGGGCAGAGCUCGUUCUCGAAGUAUGCUGUUGUGAUGGCAACGAGUGUAGUAAAGAUUGACAAGAGCCUGCCUCUAGAUGAUCUGGCGCCUUUAGGAUGUGGAAUUAUAACUGGUGCUGGUGCUAUGAUGAAUGUUCUGAAGCCAAAAGGGGAGGAUAUUGUUUGUGUUGUAGGAGUGGGAGCUGUUGGCUUAGCCGCAUUGAUGGCGCUGGGGCUUUCUCCGACGCCUCCCAACAGAGUCAUUGCUGUAGACAUCGUACCCGAGAGAUUGGAGCUUGCCAAGAAGUAUGGUGCUACGGAUAUGAUCAAUUCUCGGGAUGUCGAGGAUCUGAAAACUGCCUUACUGGAAGUUACAGAUGGCAAAGGAGUCGAUGGAACGAUCGAUACGACUGGAAGGCCUGAGAUUGUGAGGAACUUGCUAAAAGCUACUGCGAAGAAGGGGAUGGUUGUACAAGUUGGAGUUGGCCAGCUCACUGCCGAAGUAUCGACAUGUAUUUUCGAUACCGUCAACACUGGUCGGGUGUAUCUUGGAUGUGCUAUGGGAAACUGUUAUCCGCAAGAGUUCAUACCGUUGCUAGUGGGAGCUUGGAAGAGUGGAUACUUUCCCUUCACCGACUUGAUUGUAAAGUACCCAGCUAAGGAUAUGAAUGAUGCUGCGAAGGAUGUCCUAAGUGGAAAGGUCAUCAAAGCUGUCUUAGUUUGGGACUGA